AUGCUUACAAAACCAUCCAAAUCUGAUCCGGACCGACCGUAUACUAUUUACGCUUCGACGGUAUUCAAUUCUCGUUCUUUAGCUUUCGACAAGGAUGUUUCUAUACGCAUAGACCCCAAGAUUGGCUGCAUCAUCUCGGUAGCCUCCACGCCGCCCAAUCUGGGCUUAGUACAAGCUCCUGAUUUCGAUUUACGAGGUUAUACAAUCUUACCUGGAUUCGUUGAUUCUCACGCACAUGUACUGGUUCACGCAUUCUCUGAAACUCCGGCGAUUUAUCAAGAGAAAGAUGAAUCACUCACUGAAAGGAUUCUGAGAGCUGGAAACAAUGCUAAAGCGGGACUGAAAGCUGGUUUCACAACAUACAGAGAUUUGGGUACGGAAGGAGCUUUCAAUGCUGAUAUAGGAAUCAGAGAUGCUAUCAGUAGAGGAAUUAUACCUGGACCAAGAUUAUUCGUUGCAACAGAAGCAUUAGCAAGUACAGGUGGAUAUGAAAUUCGUCAAGAAAAUAAAAUCGGUGGUACUUUUGUGCCUAGAUUGUCUGAUCCUUGUGACGGUGUUGAUGGAGUCAAAUCUGCAGUUAGAAGAAGAAUAGGUUCAGGUGCAGAUGUGAUUAAAUUUUAUGCUGAAUACAGAAGAAGAACUUUAAGAUUUCCACAACCAACUUGGACAGGAUCGAUCCCUAUUAAAUAUCCACCAUAUUCAACAGGUAAAAUGAAUGAUAAUUUGAAUAAUCCAUUAAAUCCUCCUUCAACUUUAUUUGAUCAAGAUGAAAUGAACGCUAUUGUCAUUGAAGCGAAAAGAGCCAAAGCUCCAGUGGCCGCUCAUGCAAGCUCACCAGAAGCUGUCAUAAUGGCCUCGAACGCGGGUGUCACUUCGAUAGAACAUGGUGCUAUGCCUUUUGAUGAAUCACUAGAAGCGAUGAAGAAGAAUGAUACUAUUUUCGUACCCACCCUUUGUGUCGCUGAUUUGGAACUUGGAUCAGAUAAGGAAAAUCUGAAAAAGGUUUUGGCUCAUACUAAGAAAGCUCAUGAUAUGGGUAUUCGCCUAGCAACAGGUGGAGAUACAGGUGAAUCACCUCACGGAGAAAAUGUUAGAGAACUGGAAUUGUUCCUUGAAGCUGGUAUUCCUUUGGAACAUACACUCAGAGCGGCGACGUUGGGAGGAUGGGAAGCAUGUGGGGGUGAUUGGUGUGGAUACAGAUUCGGUUGGGUCGGUGAAGGUUGGCAAGCUGAUUUGGUCGUCCUUGAAGGUGAUCCCAGAGAGGAUAAAGGGGCUUUGAGAAGAGUGGACAUGGUUAUAAAAGAUGGAAAUGUAGUCGUAGAUCGAGGCCGGAUUGUAGAGUAG